AUGCCGAGAAGCUAUCCGGCACUGCGUUCACAGCACCUCCCGUUGAAGCAGAACAGACCUGACUCCGGAGGCAAACUUCACCAAAUCCCGAAUCAGUUGCGAUGGGAUCCGUUUGAUAUCAACAAUGAGACAGAUUGGAUCAGCGGUCUCAGACCAGUCGGUGGCGCCGGGGAUCCCAGCAUGAAGACGGGUCUCGGGAUCUUCAUUUUUGCUGCUGGCCGAAGCAUGGAUUCCAACAUGGCCAUGUACUCUUCUGACGGAGAUAUGUUGAUUGUCCUCCAGCAUGGUGUGCUUGACAUCAAGACCGAGCUGGGCAACCUGCUAGUUCGUCCCAACGAAAUUGCCGUCAUUCCACGCGGUAUCAGAUACCAAGUCAACCUACCUAACGGACCAGUCCGAGGAUACAUCCUUGAGCUCUACCAAGGUCAUUUUGUACUCCCGGAAUUAGGCCCUAUCGGUUCCAACUGUUUGGCCAACGCACGGGACUUCCAAGUUCCGACGGCAGCCUUUGAUGAGGAUGCAAGUCAGUGGUCAAUUGUCAAUAAGUUCAACGGAGAUUUCUUUAUCGCAACACAGAACCACACGCCAUUCGAUGUUGUGGCCUGGCAUGGACAAUAUUACCCAUACAAGUACGAUCUUGGGCGCUUCUCCGUCAUAGGCAGCAUCUCAUUUGACCACCCGGAUCCAUCCAUCUAUACGGUUCUCACUGGCCCGUCAGACCAUCCAGGCACGGCUGUGGCCGACUUUGUCAUCUUCCCGCCUCGUUGGCUUGUGCAGGAAGACACCUUCCGCCCUCCAUGGUAA